CGGUAUUUAUUUAUCGACGGACACAACUAGAGCAAACUCUGUUUCCGGGCUUUCGGCACUCUCAUCCGUGUAUCGCUCAACACAAGCCAAGUCAUGCGGGCAUCUCAGCACCACGCACCACCGCAGCCACUGCCGCUCCCUCCGCCUCCGCUGUCUCUCCCGUCACCGUCCGCGGCGCCUCGGCGUGGGCGCCACAGCAGCACCCACUCAUCCUCCUCGUCGUCCUCCUCCUGCAUCUCCGGCCCGUCGCCGUCCUCGGCUCCGUUCCCGCACGCCAGCACCACCUCCUCGCUCGUGCCAUUCUCGUGGGAGCGCCACGCGGGCGUGCCCAAGAACUCGUCCCGUCACCCGUGGCGGGCCGCCUCGCCCACGUGCACCCCGCUGCCGCCGCCGCCGCCGCUCCGCCCGGCCCCUCGACGCCGGCGCGCCAAGGCCCCGGCCACGUCGUCCUCCGACGCCAAGGAGGACCCCUUCGUCGCCGCCUUCGCCGAGUGCACCAGGGACGACGACUACGCUGCCGACGUCGACGGCGACAGCAACAAGCUCGCGCCGGUGCCGGCGAAGAAGGCAGCGGUGGUGUCACCAGGCCGCGCCGAGCGCCGGAGGUGGAUGGCCGGCGGCGGCGGGCUCGUGGCCUUCCUCGACAUGCACGGGUGCAAGAGCGCCAUGGAUGUCGUCGUCGCUGACGGCACCUUCCAGCCCCGCGCCGGCUCGUCGCUGCUGCGAAUCAUCGAUCCCAGGCCGCGCCGGCCCGGGGAGCCCCAACCCCAAGCUAAGUAACAUAACAGAGGCGCCAAUCUGAUCAAACUUUAUUAUAUUACAGUGAUUAUUGUAGCAUCAUUCAAGGCAUAUAGGACUAUAGAUAUGUUAUGGAUCAGACGAAUUGAAGGAUUGAGAACGCUCUGCUGAAGGAGGAUUGGAUUGGGAAUCGGAUCAACCUCCAGGCUCAGCUCCAUCUCCUGAACUGGUGUUAAUUCCGCUGUUGACGUUCUUGGGAAGUGGGAACACUGGAAUUCGUGAUCAGACUGAGACGGCAGAAGAUAUGUAUGUGCUCCAUCUUUUGAGCAUGCACCAUGCGGAACCGGAGCGCACAAUCUGGCAUUUGUAUUGUACUCCUACUCCUACAGAAGGAUGGAGCUCUUUCCUACCAUCGACGACGUCACCAGUAUAGGUGCCAUGUACAUGUCACUCCAUAACUCGGCAACAGUUUUGGCGCGCAUUGUACCAUAUGAAUAGUGGCCGUCUCGUCUCACUGAAUAGUAGGAGUACGUUGUUGUACGUCGUCGUCGUGUAGUAAUCAUUUAGAAA